AUGUCUGAGAUUGCCGCUACCACGCCGGUCAAACCAAAGACCAACAACAAGAAGGCGUUUACAGAUUCCUCUGACAAGAGAAAACAGGCGUCUAUCUUCAACUUCUUCGCCAAGAAGAAACCUGCUAAUAAGAGCCUGACGACAAGUGCUUCUGCUGCUGUUGCCUCGCCCCCAAACUCGUCCACCAAGAACCUUGACGCGAAAAAUACCGCUGAUACUUCGCUUUCGUCAACCAUCGGAAAGAAAAAUGUGACAAAACAACCACAGCCAUCUCUUAAGAAAGAAAGCAUCGUUGCGAAAUCAAUCAACGGCAUCGAGGAAUUGGAAAGUCAUUUGGAAACCCCAGUUAGCUCUAGCCAAGAAAAAAGUGACGAUGAUCAAGAAGGACUAGCGUCCAGCCCUUUGUCCAGAAACCAUCCUACAGCCCGUCGUAAAGUCAAUUACUCUGAAUUGAGCGAUGAUGAUGAAGAGGAAGAGGAAAUUAACUUCAGAUCAAAAAAGAGAAAGCAAGCUAAAGUGGUGGAUUCCGAUUCCGAAGACGAAUUUGUUCCUAGUGGUGGUGAAGACAAUGAUUUCGAUGAUGAUCUCGAAGUAGAAUCAGCCAGUAUCACUGCUGUCGACGAAUUGAAUGGUGGAGAUAUUGUUAUGGAUGAAGAUGAUGAAGCAAUGGUAUUAGACGAACUUUUGGAUGAGCAUGAUAAAAAGAGUAGAUCCGCCAGUGAGGAUGAGAAUGAUACAUUUGUUGCCGAGGAUGGCCCAAAGAGAGUUUCCACAAAAUCCCAGUCACAGAAACCUAAAUUGGCUGACAAAUUUAGAGCUUCUUCGAAUUAUAGUGCUUCAAAACCAGCACCUCGUCAACCAACUAAACUGAAAUCUCCUGAAAAAAGUUUCAAGAAACAAAAUGAGGAAAGAUAUCAAUGGUUGGUCACUAUUAGAGACGCCGAAAGAAGAUUGGAAUCCGACCCAGAAUACGACCAAAGAACUUUGUAUAUUCCUUCAAAAGCCUGGGAGAAAUUCACUCCGUUUGAAACUCAAUAUUGGACCAUUAAAUCUAAGAUGUGGGAUAGCGUGGUGUUCUUCAAAAAGGGGAAGUUUUACGAAUUAUAUGAGAAAGACGCAUUGUUGGGACACUCGUUAUUUGAUUUAAAAUUGGCAGGCACUGGUAGAGCCAACAUGCAACUUGCCGGGAUUCCAGAAAUGUCCUUUGACUACUGGGCUUCUGAAUUCAUCAGCAAAGGCUUCAAAGUCGCCAAAGUCGAUCAAAAGGAAACCCUUUUAGCCAAACAAAUGAACGAUCGUGUUAGUGGUAAAAAAGAAACCAAGAUCAUUGAAAGAAAACUUUCUUGUGUAUUGACCGGUGGUACCCUAACCCAAGAAGGAAUGUUGAACAACGAAAUGGCUACUUAUUGUAUGGCAGUCAAACAAAAUACUAAUACUGAUGGUUCCAACAUUUUUGGAGUGGCCAUCAUCGAUACUGCUGUAGGUGCUAUUAGAUUAUUGGAAUUCAAUGAUGAUUCGGAAUGCACUAAUUUAGAAACCUUUGUCAAUCAAAUCAAACCAAAAGAAGUUGUUGUUGAAAAGAGCAAUUUGACUUCAUUGGCACAAAAGAUUAUCAAAUUCAACUGCGCUACAAACUCUUUGUGGAAUUCUUUGAAACCAGAAACCGAAUUUUGGGACGAAGAUAUCACUUUGGAAGAGCUUUGCAAAGGCAAAUAUUUUGAAGCAAAAGAUUUGGAUGAUAGAUCUCAUUGGCCAAAGAUUUUGGUAGAAUACUCUGAGAAUAAACCAAUUGGAUUCUCUGCGUUUGGUGGCUUGCUAUGGUACUUGAAAUCCUUGAAUUUGGACCGGGAAUUGAUUUCUAUUGGUAAUAUCGAAAAAUACGACAUUUAUAAAUCUAUCUCCACUUUGAUUCUUGACGGUCAAACUUUACAAAACCUCGAAGUUUUCACUAAUCAAUUCGAUGGUAGCGAUAAAGGCACAUUAUUCAAAUUGAUCAAUCGUGCGAUCACCCCAUUUGGGAAAAGAAUGCUCAAGUCUUGGGUUUGUCAUCCAUUGUUAAAGGUCGAUGCCAUCAAUGAAAGACUAGAUGCCGUGGAUGGUUUAUUGAAUGACGGUAACUUGUUGGAGAUUUUGUCUAGUAGAUUGAGAUCGUUACCAGAUCUCGAACGUUUAUUGUCAAGAAUUCAUGCUGGUAAUUUGAAAGUGAAAGAUUUCGCCAAAGUCAUUGAAAGUUUUAAUAACAUCAAAAAAUUGAAUUUAGAACUCGUUGGGGAAUAUGGAUCAAUUGAUACUUUGCCAGGGGUCUUAUCUAAAUUCUUCCAAAGUAUUCCAAGUGAAUUGAAUUCCGCUAUUGAAGAAUGGGAGAAUUCUUUUGAUCAUAGCAAGGCGAUUACUGAAGAUUUGUUGAUUCCUGAACCUGGAGUUGAAAAAGAAUUUGAUGAAUCCAAUAGCAUUCAACAAGACAUGGAAAAGCAAUUGAACACAUUGCUCAGGCAAUACAAGAGAGAGUAUAAAUCCCAAGAAAUAUGUUUCAAGGAUUCAGGGAAAGAAAUUUAUUUGAUCGAAGUGCCAAACAAGGCGCUUAAAAAAAUUCCUAAAGAUUGGGUUAUCAUGGGAUCUACCUCGAAAAAUAAAAGGUAUUGGUCUCCAGAAGUCAAAGAAAUUGUUCAGGAAUUGAUGGAAGCAAGAGAAAGACACAAGCUGAUCGUGGAAAACUUGAAGUCUAAAUUGUAUGCGAGAUUUGAUAAGAACUAUUUGUUAUGGAUGAACACUGUCAAGGCCAUUGCUAACGUGGACAGUAUUAUAAGUUUGGCAUUGACCUCCGAAUCUCUUGGUCAGCCAUCUUGCAGACCAAGUUUCAUUGAUUCCACCCGUGGUCAAGUGAAUUUCGAAGAAUUAAGACAUCCAUGUUUUGUUGGUGGAGGGGUUAGUGGUACCAAAGAAUUCAUCCCAAAUGACGUGCAAUUGGGAGGUGAAAACGCUCGUUUAGGUUUGUUAACUGGGGCUAAUGCUGCUGGUAAGUCCACUGUGUUAAGAAUGACUUGUAUUGCUGUGAUAUUGGCUCAGCUUGGUUGUUAUGUUCCAGCCACCUCGGCGACAUUGACCCCAAUUGAUAGAAUCAUGACCAGGUUGGGGGCAAACGACAAUUUGAUUCAAGGAAAAUCUACCUUCUUUGUGGAAUUGUCAGAAACGAAAAGAAUUCUUGAAUCUGCCACCCCUAGAUCAUUGUUAGUGUUGGAUGAAUUAGGAAGAGGUGGUUCGUCUUCUGAUGGUUAUGCCAUUGCUGAAGCGGUGUUGUAUCAUAUUGCCACCCAUAUCCAGUCGAUUGGCUUCUUUGCCACCCAUUACGGUAGUUUGGGUAUCCCGUUCAGGAGUCAUCCAGCUGUCAGAGCUUUGCGUAUGGCGAUUUUGGCUAAUGAGAAUUCUAGAAACGUUACGUUUUUGUAUAAAUUGGAAGACGGUGCUGCUGCAGGCUCAUUUGGUAUGAACGUUGCCUCGAUGUGUGGUAUUCAAUCAGAGAUUAUUGAUAAAGCGGAAAUCGCUGCCAAUGAAUUGGAGCAUACUUCAAGAAUGAAGAAAAACAACGAACUUGCCAAUUUAUCGGAAAGCGGGAUUCCAUUAGGUUUACAAAGUGAUAUUGCUUGGUUGAUUAGGGGUGGUCUUAGUAAUAAUUCGGGUUGCAUUGGUGAAGGUAGUAGAAUUUAUGAUGGUCCAGUGAAGGAAACAGUAUUACAAAAUAUUCUUUCGAUGGUUGAUGGGCUUUAG